AUGCUUCAAGAAAUCGACAUGAUGCCAUUCGGCCACCUGCCUUUCGAUUAUCAUGUUAAGAAAGAUGAUCAGACAAGCCAGGUUGCUACCGAUGCUGCAUACAAUCGUCUCCGUACGGUUGUAUUUGGCGACGGAGAUACAAACGACGCGUGUCUGGAGAAAGAGUGUAUCUUUGAGAAUAAAGAGGAGUUUGAUCCUGGUAGUAUCACUAUUCCUAAUGGAGAUACGGAUCCCGAUUUCGUGGAUGGAAUCGCCUACAGGACGCCACGCUCUAUACCAUCGUACAUGAUCACGGCGUUGAUGCACAGACCAGAUAUGCUUGGUGGUCUGUCGUCUCGCGAUUGGCCUACAGAGUGGUACAAUAAACCAGAUAAGUUGAAAAAAUUCCAGUCUAUCAUGGUUGUUGUCGCCGAUCAAGACAAGUCCUUACCUUCAGAACCCGCAACAGGGCAGCUUGGGGUAUUGGGGCUUGCAUCUUAUCGCCCAACCCGCUUCAAGUCCGGAGUCCCAUUCAUUGAUAUACAAGGUGGAACUUUUUACAAUAAAUACCCAACCGCCGAAGACUUGUCCAAUCCACCUCUCUUCCCGAACCUGAAUUUCACUCUACCCGCUCUUCAAACUCGCGACGCAGUCACUACAUCCCCUCUGCAACACUGGGCUAUUAUUGGUCCGUCUGGCCGAAGUGACCUCCUCCAUAUCCUCCGCGGCCAAUACGUCUGUAUCCCGCCCAGCGCACGUUCAUACCCAUACCUCCUCACAGACGAGAUCGCGAAGAAGAACCCACGAUUGCGUUUACCUGAAAAUGCGAUCCAAUAUGUUGGAUUCAGUGGUGAGGGCUCGGGGGCCAUUGGGGGAAUCCGUGGCGCAUACCUCAGUGCUCGCUAUGAGAGUCUUCGGGAGGAAACCGACUGGACCCUGCUACAAUUCUUGCGUGGCCAGACUUCCCUAAACCCGAUCGAAGGAGAGGAGGAAGGCACGCUACACGAUGACGAUUUUCUCAUGAAGACCGCCAGUAGUCUUGAGCUAACGAACCUGCUCUCCUUGCCAGUUGCGAAUCUGAGCAAUGGUCAAACACGUCGAGCACGAAUUGCAAAGGCGAUACUAAGCAAACCAGAGCUAUUACUUCUUGAUGAGCCAUUCAUGGGAUUGGACCCGGUGGCAGCGAGAAAGAUCUCUCAACUUCUUCAUAGCCUAGCGCAGAAACACGCUCCGCGGCUCAUCCUGGCUCUACGGCCCCAGGACAAGGUGCCGGACUGGAUCACGCACAUUAUGGUUGUGGGCAAUUCCCAUCAGGUUCUGCUGCAAGGGCCGAGGCCCGCUGUCGAAGACUCGCUCAAUAUCUGGAGCCACGUUGUAAAAAAGACUAAACCGAACUCUCUACCUGAACAGCAAACGGAAAUAUUGAAUAAGUGUAAAGCAGACUUGAAGGCGGGUAUCUUGGACGAAGAACUCCUUGAGGAUUUGGUGGCACAUACGCAUGAAAUAAAGUCCAUAGAAGUCCAGGCGCCAUUGGGUGGUGAGCCAGUCAUUGAUAUGGAAGGGGUUUUUGUCCAGUAUGGGGACAAGCCGGUACUUGGUGAUUGGGAACAAAAUGUGAAUGGUGAAAAGAAGCACGGCCUGCACUGGCGAGUUCGUCGGGGGCAACGCUGGGCUAUUAUUGGCCCUAAUGGGUCAGGCAAAACAACAUUGCUAUCAAUGAUCACAUCCGACCAUCCGCAGACGUAUGGGCAGCCUGUCAAGCUUUUUGGACGAUCCAGGCUUCCGGAGCCUGGCAAACCAGGAAUUUCAAUAUUUGAACUGCAGUCCCGCAUUGGACACUCGUCACCGGAGAUCCAUGCGUUUUUCCCGCGACAAUUAAGUAUCCGUGGGGCACUUGAGAGCGCCUUCGCUGAGACCUUCCUAUCAAAGCCGAAGCUGAAUGUUGAACGAGAUCAUGACAUAUCUAUAGUCUUGAAAUUGUUCAAACCUCUGCUCGAUCCAAAUCACCUCACGAGCGAGGUGCCAGAUAUAUCCACUGCCCAUCUCCCGACCUUGAAGAAGCAGUUCAACGUCGAACCAUACUUCCCAUUGGAUCACGUUGUUGGGUACGCGGAUGAAAUUCUGUUCGGUGAGCUCACCCCGGCACAACAACGGAUUGUGCUUUUCCUUCGGGCCCUCGUCGCUAGGCCGGAUAUUGUUAUCCUCGACGAAGCUUUCUCGGGCAUGUCCUCAGCACAGCGUGAUAUGUGCUUGAACUUCUUGGAAACCGGUGAGCGACCGCGAACCAGAGGCCGUGUUGCUAGAUUCAGUGCCCGUCUUCAAAAUGAUAACUUCCGGUACACUGGUCUUACACCAGACCAAGCCUUGAUCAUGGUUAGCCAUGUGGCUGAGGAGAUUCCUGACAGUGUCCGCUACUACAUGCGACUACCGUCUCCUGCAGGCAGUGAAAACCCCCUUGAUUUCCGCUUUGGCAUUCUCCAGUCUAAAACUACUCUAAGACAGGCCCCGACCUGGGAGGCAGCCUGGUCUCCCGCAGAAAAGUUCGUCAAGCAUGCCCGCAGGACGUGGCGUCGCCAACAACAUAAAUUGCCGGUACAGGAUAUGAGUGAAUUCGAAUGGUGGUCGAUAUAA